AGUUGUACUGGAGAAGUCAACUCAUACGGACUGCUCAUGUUUUACACACUUUUUUAAUUUUUAAUUAUUAACAUUAGUUCUUCUGUUUUUUAAUUUGUUCAAUACUUUUUUUUCGGAGGGAUUUUUGAAGCACGCCAAAUACGAUACAAAAACUUUUUGUUGCUAUCACAGAAUCGAAAUUAUUAUUAUUUUUUUUUUUUCGUUGCAUAAAAACCGAAAUCAGUUUUAAUUUAAGAGAAAUUAUUUUUUUUUGAUGUUCAACGAUAACGCCGGACAAUUAAACAAUUCGUUUGAAUACCCUGGCCGCAAGACAAAAAAGUCGACAGACAAUCUUCAUAUGUAAUCCCGUUUUCAAUCAUAUGUUCAGAAACGGAAAAACAAAAAAAAAUAUUGCAACGGAAUGCACUGCGAAAUAUAACGAUAUAGCUUCGGCGCUACUGUUGUUUUUUUAAUUCAACGUAUUGUUUGUUUGUCUUCAGCGCGUUGUUCAGUGUUUUGGUGUUCAAAUGUCGGCAUAUGUUACAUUAUAAGAAUUUUUGGGUGAUUUAUUUUCCGUUCAGUUAGUUUUAUAGUGUGAUUUCUAGUUCGUUCCCGAAUUUUCUUUUACAUUCGUAUAUUCGAGAGUAAAGCAAAUCAAAUAUAAUCAUUAAAUGAUCAUUUACUAUGGCUUCAUUAUUCAAAUUGAUGAUCGUACAGGUCCUAAUUUGCUUAGAAAUCUCGCUGUUUUUCACAUCGACCAUGGCCAACACCGAUUUUUCGGAGGGUUUUGGUAGAGGAUCAACGAAAAAAUUAUGUGGUCGAAUGUUGGUUGAUGCAUUGGCGUUGAUAUGUAACAAUGAAUACGAAACAAUAAUUCAUCCAAGCAAACGAUCAGAUGAAUUGUUUGAAGAGUAUUAUAGUGAUCAGCCAUCACCGUUAAUCGAUGAUUUGCCCGUGAAUUAUCAGACAUAUGCUUAUCUGUCAAAAUUAGUGCCAGAUGCUCCCGAGCUAAGAUCUCGGGUGCGUCGUGAGUGGGUUGCUCGUCGUGGUGUCUAUGACGAAUGCUGUCGCAAACCGUGCACAGUCCAAGAGUUAAAAAGCUAUUGCAGACAGAAAAAUUAAACAAACAUUUUCAUGCCACCACAAAUACCACCACUACCACUACAACUACUACAACAAUCAAAAAACGCAUAUACACUUUCACAUACUAUACCAUUUGUGCUAUCUUUCACUCAUCAUUUUUUAUGAAUUCCCAAUAAGAAUUUCUUUGAAUUUCAUCCACAAAAAAAUCGGUUCCAAAGGCGUAAACCUUUUUAAAAAUUGCAUACAUGAAAAAAACAAAGAAAGAAAACAAGCAAAACCUUUACAUAUGAAACAAAGGUGUGUGAGUUAACCUAUUAUGUAAAACUGAUAACGGAAUCAAAAACCUUAAAAACAUUCAUUAUAAUCUUGCAACAACAAGUUAAAAAAAAACCAACAAAAAAUGUGCUAACAAAUAAUAAAUAUUCAAUAAUGCUACAGUAGCUCCUGUGAAAAAAAAAACACAACUUUUGCCAUUUAUUUAAAACAAAACAAAAAUUGUCAAAUUUAUAGCUUUUAUAUCUUUUUAUUUAAAAGUCGAGAUGAUGUUUGAUACAUAGCGUAACUUUAGUUCUAUAGAACGAGACAGGGAGAGCCGAUCGGAUUUUCUAUAUGCGCAUAUUUUCGAUAUAAAAUCACAAACACACCAAUAACCAUUUCUACACACACAUAUAUAUACACACCUCUUUAGUUAAUUUAGAAAAUUUGCACGAUCGAUUGCGAAUGAGAGAUUGUUGAACAAAAAAUAAAACAAGGAGGAAAUAAACAUCUCGAAAAUAAUCGGAACACAUGAAAAGAAAUGUAUUCCACUCAAAACAUACGUAUUUAGAGAGGUGAAAAGAGAAACCUAAGCAGUAUACGAAUUUCAAAGAAGCAUUUCAAAAUCUGAAAUUGGAACAACUGAAAAUAAACUAAAAACUCAUACGCAAAAACUGAACCGAUAUUCACAAUAGAACCAAAAAUAUAAGUGGAUGAUGAUUUUUAUGGGAAAGAUUUGUUAGUAUUUUUUGUCUUCAUUUUUGUGUGAUUUUUUUUUUCAAUAAUAGUUUCCAUUACACGGUUUUAUCAUUUCGGUCAUUAAAAUUGGUUUUGUUUUUUUUUCUUUAAAAAAAAAAUCUUAUUUGAAUGUAUUUUGAUAAUUUGAUGUUAAUUCCUUUUUCUUACUAAUUCAUGAUUGAAGGGAGAAUCUCAUUGCUUAUAAUUUUAAUACCACCAAUUUUCUUUUAUUCUAUUGUUUUAAUUUUUUUCUCGUAAGUUUUAAAUAAUUGUAAUCGUAGAAAAAAAUAAAUAAAUGAUAAAUGAUAAAAAAAUAUAUUUAAAAACAAAAACGGAUUUAUAAUGAUGAUGAUUUCGAUGUAAUGUGGACAACAAUAGCACAAUCAUGACGAUAAAAAAAAACUUAUGCCUUUUAUCAAAUAUACACACAUACACAUACAUAUACAACAUACAAAAUCAACACUUACUGGUUAGAUAUUCUUCUAUAUUAAAUGGAACAAAAAUUUAAAUCUAUUCAA